AUGGCGGCGCCGACCAAAUGCAGCCCAAGGCCGCCUCUUCAGUUCCACCAUCUUCGAGUCUCGACGAGGUCGGAGGGGUCAGUGAGAUCUUCCACCGAGGGGUGGGAGGUUUCAUUUCACGAUUCCGUCGACGAGUCCUGGCCUUCGCCACGAACAGAGUCGUGUCGUUGGGGUGUUCUGAGUGAGUUGGGUUUCUCCAGAAACAGCACUCCAUGGGACACCACGCGUUUCGUUGCCAAUGUACCGGUGGUUUGGGAGGUCAAUGUAGGCGUUUUGGUUCCAUCCAUGGAGUGUUUGGGUCUGACAGGCACUUGA